UUGUGGUUGCCGACGUGGAGUCUAACUACGACUGGGACUUUUAAUGCGUAAAAAAAAUCUUCCAGGUGGUCGUUUUGUGCUGUCUUCUAUCGUUUGAUGCUUCAUACUAGGGUACUUAAAUUCUAGGCAUUUUCUCAGGAUUCCUCUACGCAGACUGUAUCUAUUCUUUUUGCGGUAUCUUACACUUUAUCUCUAUUUUUUAUCCCCAAACAUUUAGCUAUUUUUGAAAUAUUAGUAGAGGAAAUAAAAAUUGGUCUAAUUAUGUUUAGUGACAUAAAGGAUUAGUCGAAGCUCCAGUAGGUCAUACAGAAUUCUUCCACCUGGCUUGGCUAUGCAAAUUAUAUGCCGUCGAUAAAAGAGUGUGCGUCGUGAAAGGAUAAAUUCACUAUUUGUGUGGGAUCAUUUAUGUGGCAUCGUUCCUGUUUUUUUUUCUUGCAAACCAAAACUUAAACCGAGGCAUGUCUUUCAGGAGGGGCGUGGUUAGGCAAAGUAAAUUUCGGCAUGUGUUCGCCCAGGCGUGGAAGGCGGAGCAUUGUCUAGAUGACGUCAGAGUGACGCGAGUAACAUGGGAGGGCCCACUAUGUGCAGUCAAUCCAAAAUUCAUGGCUGUUAUUAUUGAGGCAGGAGGGGGUGGAGCCUUUCUUGUAUUACCGCUCACAAAGAGUGGAAGGGUGGAUCAGUCCACUCCAACUGUGUGCGGCCAUGCUGCUCCUGUGCUUGAUGUUCAGUGGUGUCCACACGAUGACAAUGUCAUUGCCAGCGCCUCAGAGGACUGUACCAUAAAGGUUAGUGUAGUGGUCAUCCUCAGAGGACUGGACCAUAAAGGAAUUAACCAAGAGAGAUGUUGGAUAUGGCAGGUUCCUGAUGGUGGUCUCACAGAACCGCUAACUGAUGCCUCAGUAACUCUAGAGGGACACAGUAAAAGAGUGGGCAUUCUGGCCUGGCACCCAACUGCCCUUAACAUCUUGCUGACUGCAGGGUGUGAUAAUGUCUUGUGUGUGUGGGACGUCGGAACGGGUGAGUUGGUGUAUCAGCUGAGUGACAUCCAUCCAGACCUGAUCUACAGUGUGAGCUGGAGCAGAGAGGGCAGUGUGAUGUGCACCACCUGCAAGGACAAAACUCUCCGCGUCAUCGACCCUCGACGUGGAACUGUCCUUAAGAUGAGGGACAAGGCCCAUGAGGGUACCAGGCCAAUGAGGGCUGUUUUCCUGGCUGACGGAAAGAUCCUGACAACUGGCUUUAGCCGCAUGAGUGAGAGGCAGCUAGCCCUCUGGGAUACAAGAGAUCUCUCCGAGCCAAUGGCUGUUCAGGAAAUAGACACCAGUAAUGGAGUUCUACUUCCUUUUUAUGACCCGGACACUAACAUGGUCUACCUCUGUGGAAAGGGGGACUGCACUAUUCGCUACUUUGAGGUAACUGACGAGUCACCCUACGUCCACUUCCUCAGUCUCUAUAGCAGUAAGGAACCUCAGAGAGGGGCAGGCUUCCUCAGCAAGAGAGGAGUGGAUGUUAACAAGUGCGAGAUAGCCAGGUUCUAUAAGCUCCACGAGAGGAAGGUGGAGCCUAUUUCUAUGACUGUGCCAAGAAAGUCAGACCUGUUCCAGGGGGACUUGUACCCUGACACGGCAGGAUCAGAGCCCUCCCUUCUGGCUGAAGACUGGAUAGCAGGACAGGAUGCUCCUCCAGUCUUGGUCUCCAUGAGUGGAGGCUAUGUGGCUCCACCAUCCAAAUGCAGUACACUCCGCGGUAGACCCAAACAGCAGCCUCAGAGCAACUCGGCUAACUCCUCCGGUAUCGGACAAAGCAAUGCUGCCAUCGAAACAGAAAAUGAAGGGAUGGAACAGGUGCAAGUUGGGAGGGAAACCGAAGGAGCAGUGGAAAGAGGGAAAAAAGAGGAUGACCAGCUUGCUGACAUUUUGACAGAAAUCCGGGCUCUUCGUGCUCUGGUGUUAGCUCAGGGUCAUAGAAUUGACGUACUGGAGAGACAGGUAGCCCGAAUUGAGGAUGGAGAUGUGUGAUCUACAUGACUGCAUACAUACCCCAAGAGACCCACAGCCUUACCGUAUUCUACAGUAGCUUUACAUCGCAGUGAAGGUUCAUGGGAAAUGCAGUUCAACACCUUAAGUGUAGUUUUUUUUAAAAGAUCAUUAAAAUUCUAUGCUUAUCAGGUUAUCAUACAUUAAUGAAGUCUUAUACAGAAAACUAAAACUGCUAUACAGUAAACAAAUUAUGACAAAACAAAAACAAAACCUUUAUACUGUGCAUUGACUAUGGCUUUUACAUCAGGUACUGAUUAUAGCUGCUAAUUCUAAUUCUAAACACAGCCUCGUUUGGGAAUGUUGAUUUCUGCUUACAUACUGAAGUGCCCGUUGCUUCAGGUGACAUAUUUAGGUGAUAUCUGCAUUCACUUGUGUGAACUCUACGAAAACUGUUUGAAAGGUGUUGGCCUUUGAGGGAAGUAACACAAUAAUCCUACAUGCUGUAUUCUUUAGUAGCAUAUACAGUCGACUACACCUGGUGAUAAUGAUCCAAAUCUGUAUAUGCUCACCAGCACUGUUUCAGUCAUCUUUUCUACUAUUUAAACUAUCUGUCUUAACAAGUGUAGCUCUUCUUCACAUUUGUUGUGGAUAUUAGCUAGUGUACUUUAUUAUAUACCAAUAGGGGUUGUGUUUUGUGUAGUGAGGCUCUGUGGGUUGUCUGUAUGAAUGCUAUACCUAUGUAGCAUUGGAGAUUAAGUUGAGGGCUAAAAUUGUAGUUCUACUUAUGUGGAAUUUCUACCCGCAUUAAUGAAUAAAGUGAUUUGUACCUGUUAGUUUCUUGAUGGAGAACACUAGGGCUAUGACAGUUAUUUACUAAACUUUCAUUCCACCCCUUAAUUAUACCUACCUGUACGUGCACUACAAUCAGGGAUGUCUUACUCAUCCUCAUUUGUUGUUUGUUUACACCUAAUGUUAUUUCCUGUAUAUGCUAAAAAGUAACGUAAAUACAUGCGUUUUUCUCAUAAUCUACAAUGAGUAAAUUUGACAUUUCAAAUAAAAGCCAGAAGGGCUAUCCACCAAUAUCUA